CACGGAGAUUGGGAGCCGUGACUGGGGGCGGGUCUGGGCUCCAGUUUAAUCUCCGACUCCAUUGGGAUUACAGCCGAAGGAUACUCUAAUCUGCAGGGUUGCUCAGCACACAGCGAGGGACUGCGGGGCUGGCAACUUUGGGCUGCUUGCCCCAGCCCAAAGCAGAGGCGUCAGCCGGAGAGGGGGGACAGGCAAGCAGAGCCUGAGGAGUCCUCAACAGCAAGCCCAGCAUCGUCCCCGCCUGCCCCACCAUGGAUGCCACAGAGGUACCCAUCCAGGCUGAGAUGGUGGAGCUGGUGCCCAAUGGGAAGCAUGCUACAGCACUCAACACAUCCACCGUCCCCUCACUGGCGGGUGACAGGUUUGAUGAGAACCAGUCCAGCGUGGCAGAACUGGAGGAGUUUCUGCCCCACGGCGCUGAGAAGAAGCAGACACACUUCACGGACUUUGAAGGGAAGACGUCUUUCGGGAUGUCCGUGUUCAAUCUCAGCAACGCCAUUAUGGGCAGCGGGAUCCUGGGGCUGGCGUAUGCCAUGGCCAACACAGGCAUCAUCCUCUUCCUCUUCCUCCUGACAGCUGUGGCCCUGCUCUCCAGCUACUCCAUCCAUCUACUGCUGAAAUCCUCAGGCAUCGUGGGCAUCCGCGCUUAUGAACAGCUGGGCUACCGAGCCUUUGGCACACCAGGGAAGCUAGCCGCAGCCAUUGCCAUAACGCUGCAGAACAUUGGAGCCAUGUCCAGCUACCUGUACAUCGUCAAAUCCGAAGUGCCUCUUGUCAUCCAGACAUUCCUCAACCUGGAGGAGAAGACCACGGACUGGUACGUGAACGGCAACUAUCUGGUGAUCCUGGUUUCCAUCAUCGUUAUCCUGCCCCUGGCCCUCAUGAAGCAGCUCGGCUACCUGGGCUAUGCCAGCGGCUUCUCCCUCAGCUGCAUGGUCUUCUUCCUCAUCUCGGUCAUCUACAAGAAGUUUCAGAUCCCCUGUCCUCUCCCCGCGCAAGACGUGAACAGCACAGGCAGCCACAACUACACUCUGGGCAGCACCAGCAACUACCAGAACGGCUACACCGUCCUCCAGGCCCCCGAUGAGGGCACUUGCUCCCCCAGGUUCUUCACCCUCAACUCCCAGACUGCGUACACCAUCCCCAUCAUGGCCUUCGCCUUCGUGUGCCACCCUGAGGUCCUGCCCAUCUACACUGAGCUGAAGAACCCCUCCAAGAAGAAGAUGCAGUGCAUUUCCAACAUCUCCAUCACAGUCAUGUACCUGAUGUACUUCCUGGCUGCACUCUUCGGCUACCUCACUUUCUACGGCCGCGUGGAGUCGGAGCUGCUGCACACAUACAACAAUGUGGACCCCUUCGACGUGCUGAUCCUGUGCGUGAGGGUGGCUGUGCUGACGGCCGUGACACUCACUGUCCCCAUUGUCCUCUUCCCGGUGCGCCGGGCCAUCCAGCAGAUGCUGUUCCAAGGCAAGGACUUCAGCUGGGUCCGUCACAUUAUCAUCGCUCUGGUCCUGCUGACCUUCAUCAACCUGCUGGUCAUCUUUGCCCCUUCCAUCCUUGGCAUCUUCGGCCUGAUCGGUGCCACGUCCGCUCCCUGUCUCAUCUUCAUCUUCCCCGCCAUCUUCUACAUGCGCAUCAUGCCCAAGGACAAGGAGCCACUGCGCUCCCCUCCCAAGAUCCUGGCAGCCUGCUUCGCCCUCCUUGGAGUGCUCUUCAUGAUCAUGAGCUUGAGCUUCAUCAUCAUCGACUGGGCCACAGGGGGUGGGAAGAGCGGUGGCAGCCACUAGUUGUCACUGGGGGCCCAGAUCAAGCUGCCCCCACACCGGUGCCCCGGGGAGAGCCGGCCCUGGGGACAGCCCCCGGCCCUGCCGCUUGGACUGUACCACAACCCCCGCGCUGCCCACCAGGCACACCCAGUGCCCUCCGCCUGCGCUGCCCGUCCUUGCCCAUCAGGGAAGGGGCCCCGCGUGGCCGCACGCUCACAGCGGGGGACAGAGACCUGCCCCGCGUGGGGGCCCAUGGCCUGUGCCAGGGAGUGGGGUGAGCCCAGGGCCGUGUGUCUAGUGCUGUGCCCACACCUCUGGUGUGUCCCCUCCUGCCGGGCGCCUCAGUUUCCCCAUCUGGAAAAUGGGGAGAACAUUUCCCUACCUCACCGGAACUGGCUGUGAGCUGGACCCCGUCUCUGCACAGAGCAUCCAGCCACCGGCAGCAGGCACUGCCAAGCGCAUGUCAUGGGGGGCGGGGGGAGGGGGCAAGCAGCACCUCCCAAAUGCCAGUGAGAGCUCUGACAACCAGCGUCUGCAGGGUCAUGUCUGGGGGACCAGCACUCCCCGGGCGGGGAGCUGGGCCCCCAGCAGGGCUCCCGGGGGGCACCGCGCUGCCCUCUCCCCCUGCUGCCCCAGGGACACUCAGCUCCCCCCCCCGCCCUGUCUCUCGGGGGCACCCUGGUCCCUGUGUGAACGCGGAAACGCAGCCCUGCCAUCGAGGCCGCACGGGAGCCGGUGCCAGGGCCGCCGCGGUGCCCAGUAUGCUGCUAUCGACGUCGCUGGGCAGUUGUCGGCCAGCAGCCGCGUCCCGGGGACUAUUCCCAGGGUCCCAAGGACCAUUCUGGCUGCCCGAGCCCCCCCGAGGGGUAGCACACGCUCGGGGCCAGCUCCCGGCCCAGGCAGACAGGGGAGGCUUUGGAGCGCCCCUCCUUGAUGCCCGCUGGUGCCUGGAGCCCAGAUGCUAGGGUGACGGGCACGCACCCACUCCACGCAGUGCUGGUGGGGCGCUGCUGCCCGGCCUGUGCCCAGGGCCAGCACCCAGGGCCCUGCACUCCUCUUCCACCUGGUCCUGCCGUGGGGCUUCUGCAAGCCAUGCCAAAACCCGAGAGCAGCUCUCCUGCCCUCCCUCCGCGCCUUCCUGCCUGCUGCCUGCUGCCUCCUCCAGGGGUGGGCGGCAGUGAAACGGGGUGGGGGGGGAGGGAAGGGGCUGGCGAGGGCAGACAGUGCCCGGGGGCUUUUCUGCAGCGCUGAGAUUGCAGAGGGGGGAGCGGGGCUGGCAGCUCCACAGGCAAUUGCGCUCAGUAAGAGAAGUAUUUUUUUAUCGGGGUGGUGGAGGCUGGGAUGCUUUUUAUAAAUACUGUACAUAGGAGUAGCUCUUUCGGGACGCGUCGCGUUGCUCGCGGUAGCUCUGUAUAGUGUAUAUACCUGCCCAAGGCAGCGGGUGGGGGAGCCGACCCCAGCUGUGGGGAGCCCGCCCGAGCGCCCGGCCCGGCCCUGCAUGGCACCGGGGUGGCCACACUUUUAAAUUAUACGUGCAAAUGAGAACUGUGCUGGAGAGGAGUCCAGCCACCGACACUGUUGGCAAUAACAAUAAAGACAAUGUGAAGCCUG